AAAUCGCAAAAUUAAUAUCAAGAAAGUAAAAACAUUAGUUAAUAUUGUCAAUGUUCAAAAAUGUCAAAGUCAGUUUUGUAGAAAGUCAGUGUUGCACAUGUCGAAGAUCAUUUCCCCAAAAAGCCUCUACUGAAAAAACAUUACGUAACGUUUAAAAUAAAUGUAAGUAAACUGAUUAGUAAUAAUUGUAACGCGCUUAUCAACCGCUAACGAGUUUGUCACAUAAAAGUGGUGAAAACCUGCAAAACUAUCCGACGUUUUAACGAUACAAUGUGACCGCAAUUUCGUCUAGCUAUUUUGGGUUCGAAAAUAAAAAAAUAAGACGCAGUAAAACGGCUAGAUUACGCGUUUUAAGCGUGUUGAGGUUAGGUCGUGGUGGAGAAUGCUACGAAAUGAACAGUUGCUGUUUGCAUGUUAGAUGUUUAUUAUUGAGUGAAGACCUUUCUCGCACAACAACACAAUGGCAGCUUAUUUAAAUCGCACUGUUUCAAUGAUGUCCGGGGAUGGUCCUCACAAUCGUCCGAUUAUAGUCGGAGGCUCCAGUGAUCUUCGUCAUCCGGUGAUUAGAAACGGCGCUGACAACUCUCCUUUGCAGAUAUUCGUUCGGGCGAAAAAGAAAAUUAACGAUAUUUUCGUUGAAAUUGAAGAUUAUGUUAAAGAUACCGUUAAUUAUAUGCACGAAUUGGAGAAGCAACAACAAAUUAUUGAUGGAAAUUCGGUUAAGAAAUCGGAAGAAUUUGUUAAUAAAGUUCAUGGUAUUCGAGAUGUUUUGGCUCGCGAUCACAUGAAAGUAGCUUUUUUUGGGAGGACAUCGAAUGGAAAAAGCACGGUUAUUAAUGCAAUGUUACGCGAUAAGAUCUUACCAAGCGGAAUAGGGCACACUACAAAUUGUUUUUUACAAGUCGAGGGAUCUCCUAAUGAUGAGGCUUAUUUAGUUUUGGAAGGAAGCGAUGAAAAAUGUUCUGUAGAAUCCGUUGGGCAACUCGCCCAUGCUUUGUGUAAAGAGAAAUUGAGUGAAUCACAAUUAGUCCGGGUGUUUUGGCCAAGAAAUCGUUGCUUUCUUUUACGCGACGAUGUUGUUUUUGUUGAUUCCCCUGGUGUUGAUGUUACCCCAAACUUAGACGAAUGGAUCGAUAAGCAUUGUUUAGAUGCCGAUGUGUUUGUGCUGGUUGCGAAUGCUGAAUCUACACUGAUGGUUACGGAGAAAAAUUUCUUUCAUAAAGUGUCAACGAAACUUUCUAAACCAAACAUAUUUAUUUUGAAUAAUCGUUGGGAUGCUUCGGCGAAUGAACCGGAAUUUUUAGAUCAGUUGGAUGAACAGGCACAGGUGAGUUAUAAACAAUUAAAUAAAUAAACACCUUGCUGCCAUUAUCACUGCUAAAAAGCUUACUGGUGUGAAGUUAUCCAUAAAUUCCAGCCAUAAACUUAAAACGUUAAUAAUUCUGUAACCAAUACGAUUUGGGUCGCCAAAU